AUGGGCAACACAAGUAGUAAAGAAAACUUCCGGAAAGCUGUUAUUGAACUUACUACGAAAAAGCUGAAAGGUGAGGAGGAUGCAUUUUGGGACGAGCUCUGUGCGGCUAACAUCAGCAGCGCAGUGGACGUGUUUUCUUUGGUUCCAGCUGAGGAUGUUCGAGCAUUAAGAGAUAAUUCGCCAAAUAAUCUUGCUGCUCUGUGUUAUAAAACAGUUGAUAGACUAACUGCAGCUAGAGACUCACCGACUUCUCUGAAUGCGAAUAAGGUACUCAACUGUGUAAGGUUACUAACUCGUGUUCUGCCCUAUCUGUUUGAAGACUCAGAUUGGAGAGGAUUUUUUUGGUGUACUCCUCCAGGUGACCAACCACUAGCUGUAACGCUAAUGACUGCGUUGUCGGAUCUGUUGUUUUGUCCUGAUUUUACAGAAAAUGCUGACGACUUAACGUCGCUCGACAGUUGUGAGUACAUAUGGGAGGCAGGAGUCGGGUUUGCAACGAAACCAAGACAAAGCAUUCUUAAACUUCUACUUACAUGUUUUUCUGAGUGUUUAAAUAUUUCUCUUCGUUUGCUUAUUACUUUAGUAAAGAAACGGUUUGCAAUGAUUUUUUUUGUUUUAGAUGAAAGCCGUAUGCGGUGGAUAGCUCAUUUUACUUCUGCUGGUAAUCGUCAUGUUUUGCCCUUAUUUACAUCGUUGUUGAAUGUGGUGUGUUCAUAUGAUCCUAUUGGGUACGGUUUACCAUAUAAUUAUUUGUUAUUUUCUGAUUCUCGAGAACCGUUGGUUCAAGCAUCUCUUCAAGUCUUAAUCGUAUGUUUGGAUAACGACUGUAAAAGCGAAUAUGCAGAUAAUUUUUUCGUUAACUAUCUUUCACGAAUUCAUCGUGAUGAAGACUUCGAUUUUAUGCUGAAAGGGUUGAUGCGCUUACUGUCGAAUCCUUUGAAAUCUACUUAUUUACCAAAUUCAACCAAAAAAGUUUCGUUUCAUCAAGAACUACUUGUUUUACUAUGGAAGUGUUGCGAGUAUAAUCAGAAAUUUAUGUUCUACCUGCUCAAAACAAGUGACAUAUUGGAUAUAUUGGUUCCUAUCUUGUACCAUAUACAUGAUUCGCGCCACGAUCCAGCACGCGUUGGCUUAAUUCACAUGGGAGUUUUUAUUAUAUUGUUGCUUAGUGGUGAACGUAAUUUUGGCGUACGUCUUAAUAAGCCAUUUACUGGGAAAGCGCCGAUGGAUGUUCCGCUCUUUACAGGCACACACGCUGAUCUCCUCAUUUUGGUUUUUCAUAAGUUAAUUUCAAUAAGCAAUUAUCGGCUUCAGUCACUCUACGAUUGUUUAUUAACUAUCAUUGUCAAUAUUUCUCCAUAUCUGAAGUCUCUUUCUAUGGUAGCAGCUAAUAAACUUGUCCAUCUAUUAGAAGCUUUUUCUACUCCCUGGUUUCUUUUUUCCUCACCUUCCAAUCAUCAUCUCGUUUUCUUUUUACUGGAAAUUUUCAAUAAUAUUGUCCAGUAUCAGUUUGAUGGUAAUUCAAACCUUAUUUACACAAUUAUUCGUAAGAGGCAAGUGUUUUAUCAACUAGCAAACCUUCCUGUAGAUGCUUCUUCCAUCUCGAACAGUUUGCAGACAAGGAAAUCUCGAGCAAAAGCUGAAAAUUCAGAUGAAUCAAAAUCGCCGACUUCACCAAACUUACCAAAAGGCUCAGAAAAGACGGCAACUUUAGCAGAGACUCCAAAUGAAGACUGGUCUAAAGGAAAUACAGAAGUUGGUGAAAGCGGUGAAAAGGCAUUUAAAGCAACUCCGGAAUGGGUUGAGUCGUGGAAGAGCAAAUUACCUUUGCAGACAAUUAUGAGACUAUUACAAGUUUUAGUCCCACAAGUGGAAAAAAUAUGCAUUGACAAGGGAUUAACCGAUGAGAGUGAAAUUUUGAAGUUUUUGCAACACGGCACUUUAGUCGGUUUGCUUCCAGUUCCUCAUCCUAUUCUAAUUCGCAAAUACCAAGCCAACGCUGGUACAAACCAUUGGUUCCGCACGUAUUUAUGGGGAAUUAUUUAUUUAAGGAAUAUUGACCCCCCAAUAUGGUACGACACCGAAGUGAAACUUUUCGAAAUUCAGAAGGCCUAG